AGGAAGGAAAAUAAAGAGAACCAUAGAUAGUAAUGUUCAAAGCUCUGCCACUCACAGUGGGCAGCUGCUUCUUGCAUAAGCUUUUAAUGUCUACCAACAAGCCUGACGCUGACGUUCCCUGUCUUCUUUAUAAUCCAAACUCUUUACAAACAAAACUACAAACAAAAAACAAUGGCUUCUUCUUCUUCUUCUUCUUCUCCAAAGCUUUCCUUUUUCUUUUCUAUUUCCUUCGUCUUUUCCUUCCUGUUUCCUUUUUCCCUCGCUCGUUCCCCUCCGCCAACAACCGCGACUCUCGAUGUCUCUGCUUCUCUUAAACAAGCUCAACAUAUUCUUUCCUUCGACCCACAAUCUUCUGAACCCUUUUCCGUUUCCGAAACCCGACCCGUUUCCUUCAACUCUUCUUCCUCUUGUUCUGUUUUCUCAGUUCCACUUCACUCUCGUGGCUCCAUCCGCAAAACCCAUCAUACCGACUACAAAAACCUUGUCCUUUCCCGACUCGACCGUGACUCGGCCCGAGUUAACUCACUUAUCACCGAGCUGGAACUCGUUGUCGACUGGGUACACAAGUCGGAGCUGAAGCCUGUUCCCACCGAGAUUGAACCCCAGGCGCUUUCUACUCCUGUUAUUUCCGGGACGAGUCUAGGUAGUGGGGAGUAUUUCACCCGGGUCGGAAUCGGUAGCCCGGCUAAACAAUUCUACAUGGUUCUCGAUACCGGAAGUGACAUUAAUUGGAUCCAAUGUGAGCCCUGUUCAAAAUGCUACAAACAAACCGACCCAAUAUUCAACCCGUCCGCGUCCUCCAGUUACAGCCCGGUUUCUUGCGACUCAAGGCAAUGCUCUUCUCUUCAAGUCUCGGAAUGCCGUGGCGGGAAAUGUCUUUACCAAGUCUCGUACGGGGAUGGGUCGUACACGGUGGGGGAUUUCGUCACUGAAACGGUGUCGUUUGGGAACUCCGGUAAUAUCAACGGCGUUGCUUUGGGUUGUGGACAUACCAACGAAGGCUUGUUCGUUGCUGCUGCCGGUUUGCUUGGGCUCGGCGGUGGCCCCUUGUCUAUGACAUCGCAGAUCAAAGCGACGUCGUUCUCUUAUUGUUUGGUGGAUCGUGACUCGGCCGGGUCGUCGACUUUGGAUUUCAACGCCGGGUUACCGGCUGACUCGGUGGUCGCUCCGUUGUUAAGGAGCCGAAAGGUGGAUACCUUUUAUUACGUAGGUUUAACCGGGUUCAGCGUUGGUGGCCAACCGGUUCAACUACCGCCUGGUGUUUUCGACCUGGACCAAUCUGGAAGCGGUGGAGUGAUCGUAGACUGCGGUACAGCCAUAACCCGGCUGCGAACGCAGGCUUACAACGCACUCCGAGACGCGUUCGUGAGCUUAACGCGCGACUUGCCGACAACCGGCGGGGUGGCGUUGUUCGACACGUGCUACGACUUGUCUUCGAGGAGCAGCGUUAGGGUCCCGACGGUGGCGUUUCAUUUCGGCGAAGGGAAGUCGCUGGAUUUACCGGCGAAGAAUUAUUUGAUACCGGUUGACUCGUCGGGCACGUUUUGCUUCGCGUUCGCGCCUACGUCGUCAUCUUUGUCUAUAAUUGGGAACGUGCAGCAACAAGGGACACGUGUGAGCUACGAUUUGGCUGGAAAUCGGGUCGGGUUCUCUCCACGUAAAUGUUAAAAGAAAGUAACUAAAUUGCUAAUUAGUUACUCUAUUUGCUGACAACAAUCCCUUUUACCUGUGGUAAGAAAAGGUUAAGAAAAUGAAGCAAGUUUGUUCCUUUGUAUUA